AUGAGCGUGGCGCAGCUCCCAGACGCCAUGGAUUCUUCCGAAGAUGUGCAGAUAUGGAACAACGCCACCUUCGACAACUGUGAGAUUUCCGAAGAUUUGGCAGCGAGCAAGCAGUCUUGGGGCUCUCUGGAAUCGAUUUUCGGAAAUCCUAAAUCGUCUUUCGAUUCUGUUUCAGGUAAAGAAAAUCAGGGUUUCACUUCGGAGAAUCAUAAUCAAAUUCCCUCUGCUUCCCCUUUUCCCACAACGACGCCGUUUAAGCAGCUCAACGCUGUCGAAUCGGUUCAAAAAUCGAAAGUUAGAGGUUUCGAGAAAAAUCGAGUCUUCAAGAUCGACGAGGAGAUUGAAGAAAUCGAAACACAAAUCGCGCGAUUGAAUUCAAGAUUGGAGGUUUUGAAGGUGGAGAAGGCGAGUGUCAGUGCUGUGGAGAAGAAAGGGCGAGUCAUCGCGGCAAAGUUCAUGGAGCAUAAACCGAGUGUCAAGAAUGAUGAGAUUUCGAAUUUAAACGCAAGAACAAAGCCUAACAGACGAGGGAUUAGUUUAGGUCCAGCAGAAAUCCUCUCCGCAGGGCGUAGAGGGAUGAGUUUGGGGCCUUCGGAGAUUUUCGGGGCGGCGAAGUCGAGGCAGAUGAUGAUCAACAACACCCCUCUGCAGAGUAGGAGGCAAUCUUGCAUGUUGAAGUUGCAGGGGAUUGAUGAGGAGAAGGUGAAGAGCUGCAGUUUGAGCCCGAAAUCGAGGAGAGUUGCUGCAAAAUCAAGGCAAGCUGUGACCACCAUUGGAUCAAGAAAGACUGUCAAGAAAGAAGAUGCUGUUUUGAGCUCGGUUCAGCCCAAGAAGCUGUUUAGAGAUGGCGAGAAAUCCGCCCCAAACAAGAAGGCGGUCAGGCCGGGGAGGGUGGUGGCGAGUAGGUAUAAUCAGGCUUCAGCGGUGAGGAAGAGAUCUCUGCCGGAGAAUGAUGGUGAUGCAGGGAAAAGGGUUGAGAAGAAACGGUCUUUAUCCAUUGGGAAGAUGAGGGCUAAUGAGGGCGAGGGGCGGGUGAAGAAGAGGUGGGAGAUUCCGAGUGAGAUUGUAGUUCACAGCAGCAGUGUGGAGGGAGAGAAGUCACCAGAGCCAGAGUGUGCUGUGGUAGCGCCUUGCUUGCUUCCGAGGCUUAGGAUUGCCCGUUGCAACGAGAGCCCACGUGGCUCGGGGCCUGCGAAGAAGGUUGCGGAGCUGGUUGGGAGGAAGUCAUAUUUUGCUAGUGAUGAUGGUGUGUGUCAAGCUCUUAGUUAUUGUGAAGAGGAAGAAGAAGAUGAUGAUGAUGAAUGA